CCAUUGCCAAACCAUACAAGAGCGCGCUGUCGUAGGCGAAACGAUUUCUUUUAUAUUUGGGUUAGCACUUGAAUUAUUUUAAGUUUUAUUUUUGGAUAAUAUCACGCCAAAAGCCAAAAUGUUGUAAGUUCUAUUAAAGGACAUUAAGCACGUGAGUCGUAGAACCAAAAAGAUUUCUUUGUUUGAAAUGGUGCAACAAUCAUCAAAAUUACAUAACCUUUAGCUUGGUCCUACCAGAAAUCUGCAAACAAAUCUUGUAUGUCUGCAGUAGUGAAAGUGAAAGACAAUGUUGAUGCUUCAUUCCACAUCGAAUCAAACAAGAGUUCAAAUCAACAGUUGAAUAGUCAAACAGCCAAUACAACCAUGAAGAACCACUCUAAUGGAAACAGUAUAUCUUUACUUAGUCACGUUAAAUAUCAGCAUUUACUUGCUGGUAUGUCAGGGGGUGCCAUUUCUACAUUAAUUUUGCAUCCCUUGGACUUGAUGAAAAUUCGUUUUGCUGUCAACGAUGGAAGAACUGCAGUGCCCCAAUAUACUAGUUUAUCCAGUGCGUUCUACACUGUUGUGAGGCAAGAAGGCAUUAAAGGGUUAUAUAGAGGCGUAGCCCCUAACGUAUGGGGCUCAGGUAGUGCAUGGGGCUGCUAUUUUCUCUUCUACAAUUCAAUCAAAAACUGGAUUCAAAAAGGAGAUAGUCGAAAGCCUCUUGGUCCCACUUGGCACAUGUUAGCUGCAGCUGAAGCUGGAGUUCUUACUCUGCUGGUAACCAACCCAAUUUGGGUUGUAAAAACUCGUCUCUGUUUGCAAUGUGGAAUCACAGGGACCGCCUCCAAAGAUCCCUCCAUUUGGUACAAUGGAAUGACAGAUGCGUUAGUAAAAAUUUAUCGACAGGAAGGCAUGAGAGGUUUAUACAGGGGUUUUGUUCCUGGGAUGUUUGGAGUUGUGCAUGGAGCCAUUCAAUUUAUGACUUAUGAGGAGAUGAAAGCAUUUUACAACAGACAUAGAAAAUUACCUUACGAUAAUAAACUGACUACUGGAGAAUAUCUAGGAUUUGCAGCUACCAGCAAGUUAAUCGCAGCAGCGUCAACAUAUCCCUAUCAAGUUCUGCGAACGAGAUUGCAGGAUCAGCAUCACAAUUAUACAGGCACAUGGGAUUGUGUAAAGAAGACUUGGGCAUACGAAGGCCCUAAAGGUUUUUAUAAAGGUUUAGCGCCCUAUUUGCUACAUGUUACCCCCAAUAUAUGUCUCGUAAUGUUAAUUUAUGAAAAGUUCACUAACUAGUUAAUCAAUUCUCUUUAUUUAUUGUAGAGUUAGACACUUAGAUUCCCGGUUAGUAAUUAAGUUAGUAACAGCAUUUGCCGUGAUUUGUAUUCCUUGGAAUCUCUGCAAUAACUUAAGUUCCCAUACGUGUUUGAAGGACAUCAUUUUAUUACUUUUUACUGAGCACUAUCCUGAACAACAGCAAUUAUCAAAAUAAAUUAGGACACCUUUUAAUUCUUGUUGACUUUUUAUGUAGCUUAUUCACGAUGUCAGGUUACCUAUUGAACAAUAAGAACGCAAUAAACGCUAAUAUUAAGCAACACAGCAAUAAGCACAGUUGAGCAUUGUAAUCAGUAAUAACAGUUCGAAAGUAGAAAUUUGUGUUUCAAAUAAAAUAAUCUGGACUAAUUCGAAUAGGUUCGACUGCUACUUUAAGUUCCUAAAUAUUUACUUGAUGUUAAAAGUGACAACUAGUGUCUGUAUUAAAGUGACUAUUGAAGAUGGUGAAUAUAAGCAAGUGUUAUCCUUAAGUUGUUUAAGCAAAACUGGAAAUCUGUAGUAACUAAAUAAAACGUAUUUAUGUUGCAAUCAUAGCAUGUAAUGUUUCCAUUGAAAAUUUGUCACUAAACUUAUAUAGGAAGCCCUAUCUAUUCCACCAGUGUAGCAAUUAAGCGUAAGACCGUAUUGAUCGUAAGUCCCAGAUGAUGAACAGUGUAAAGUUAGUUGUAAUUAAAUUAUUUUUUUAUAUAAAAAAUGCUCCAAAAA